CUUCCAUUUUCCUAAGCUACGGCCGCACACAUGGCUCUUCUCGCCUUACAAUCUCUUCGCUUUGUAAUCUUCGGCGUCUCCGCUCUUCUCUUCUCCGCCACCGCCUAUUCCAUCGGCGUUAACUAUGGCACUCUCGCCGAUAACCUUCCGCCGCCUGCCCAAGUCGCCAACUUUCUCAAAACCCGGACCACCAUCGACCAGAUCAAAAUCUUCGACAGCAACCCCGAUAUUCUUCGAGCCUUCGCUAACACCGGCAUCGGCGUCACGGUUACCGUUGGCAACGGCGACAUCCCAGCAAUCGCGAAACUCCCGGCCGCUCGCGACUGGGUCGCUACCCACAUCUUGCCGUUCUACCCCAGCACCAAGAUCAACUAUGUCGCCGUUGGGAAUGAGAUCAUGGCCACCGCCGACAAGAAUCUCAUUGGCCACCUCGUUCCGGCGAUGAAAGCACUCCACAACGCUCUCCUACUUGCGAAGAUCACCGACAUUAAGGUCUCCACGCCUCACUCUCUCGGCAUACUUUCUAUCUCCGAGCCACCGAGUGUGGGUCGGUUCAGACGCGGCUACGAUAAAGUCAUCUUUGCACCCAUGCUCGAGUUCCACCGCCAAACCAAGUCUCCGUUCAUGGUGAACCCAUACCCAUACUUCGGCUUCUCCCCAAACAUGUUAAACUACUGCAUCUUCAAGCCUAACCGUGGGGUUCACGAUAAGUUCACGGGGAUCACAUACACCAACAUGUUCGACGCACAGAUGGACGCUGUCUACUCUGCAAUGAAAGUGUUGGGCUACGGCGACGUGGAGAUUAUGGUGGCGGAGACAGGUUGGCCGUCGCUGGGUGACCCAAACCAGGUGGGUGUGAAUCUCGAGAACGCGAAGACGUUCAAUGGCAACUUGUUGAAACAUAUAAGCUCCGGCAAGGGAACGCCACUGAUGCCAAACCGGCGGUUCCAGACGUAUCUGUUCUCGCUAUUCAACGAGAAUCUUAAACCGGGUUCGACCGCCGAGAGGAACUUCGGAUUGUUCAGACCUGACUUCACUCCGGUUUACGACAUUGGGAUUCUGAAACAGUCUGCUGGUGGCUCACCAACACCAACUGUGCCAUCAGGCAAGAAGUGGUGUGUACCAAAACCAGAUGCUACCGACGAAGCAUUGCAAUCCAACAUAAACUACGUCUGCAGCACAGGAGUAGAUUGCAAGCCUAUACAACCUGGUGGGGCCUGCUACAACCCCAACACCAUUAGAUCUCAUGCUUCGUAUGCCAUGAAUGCUUACUAUCAGACUUCUGGUCGCCAUGAUUUCAAUUGUGACUUUGCCAAUACUGGUGUUCUAGCAACCUCUGAUCCAAGUCAUGGUCCAUGUCAAUACAUCUCUUGAGUUUGGAAGUUGAACGCAAGCAAACAGCGCAUUGCCUGACCAGAGACCUCAUCUGACUUCAGAGUAUUUAUCCUCUGGUGAUUAUUUAUUUUCGUUAAAAUAUUGCUGCUAGCUGGGAAAACAGAUGACUAGUUCAUAACCCAUGACAGUGCUACUUUACUUUAUAUAGACCAUAUAUUCAUGUCUGUACAUUUUACACUGUAUUGCUUUGCCUUUUUUUUUGCUUUUGCUUUUUUGUUUUUUAUGGGUAAUUACCAGGGCCUUCAAUGGUACCAAAGGCUUUAUCAUCA